CUGAGGACGGCAGACGGACCCAGAGCGAGGAAGACGGGCUGGAGAACGGACUGAUAGGUAGCCACGCUGCCGGCGCUCGGAUGUCUGCGGGGAUUAUUUGGGAAUAAACACAAGACGCUGCUGGUGCCAUGGCAACCAGGGGGCGGAGCAAAACCUGGAAAUGAGGAGGAAACCAGAGACAGGAGGCCGAGUGUGUGAGGUUUGCGCCGGCUGCUGAACCUGCCGCCAUGAUUACGGUUCUGCUCAUCCCAACACGGCUCUCUGAUCGCAGGUCCACCGUAGGGAACCCCUCAGACCCAGGUUUUUUUCGUGUGCAGAAGGAUUCCAACAAUGGAAAUCAGCACUUUUAUUGGACCUGCUGCACUUUGAUAAGGAGGCAGUUGCCAGACAGCACAGCGGCUUGGUUCGUACUCCGAAAUGCCAAUAUGGCACCUCUGCUGCUCCCUAUUGGUGCGGAGGUGUUCAGACGCUUCACACCAGCCUCACUGGAGGAAAUUCAACGAAGGCAUGAAAUUGAAGAGAAGGCGCAGCAAAGCAGAAAGGAGCAGAACAUCGAGAUAGCAGAGGAGGACCUUCCUAAACCUGCAAGUGAUCUGGAGGCUGGGAAGCCCCUCCCUUUUAUUUAUGGAGAUCCGCCCCCCGAGUUUCUCAACAUCCCAUUGGAGGAGUUGGAUCCCUUCUACCAAGCACAGAAGACCUUCAUCGUGCUCAGUAAAGGGAACAUCAUCUACAGGUUUAAUGCUGAACCAGCGUGUUACCUGCUGAGUCCUUUCAACCCUCUGAGGAUUUUUGCCAUCAGGAUCCUCAUCCAUUCUUUAUUCAGUUUGUUCAUCAUGGUGACGAUCCUGACCAACUGUGUGUUCAUGACCAUGAGUGAUCCUCCACCAUGGAGCAAGACGGUGGAAUACGUGUUCACAGGCAUCUACACGUUGGAGGCGUCCAUCAAAGUUUUAUCCAGAGGAUUCUGCAUGGGAGACUUCACCUUCCUGAGAGACCCGUGGAACUGGCUGGACUUCAUGGUCAUCAGCAUGGCAUACCUGACAGAGUUUGUUGACCUGGGAAAUGUUUCUGCACUGAGGACGUUCAGAGUUCUCCGAGCCCUGAAAACCAUCACAGUAAUCCCAGGUCUAAAGACGAUUGUCGGAGCUCUCAUCCAAUCAGUGAAGAAGCUGCGUGAUGCCAUGAUUCUGACCGUGUUUUGCCUCAGUGUCUUUGCCCUGGUUGGUCUUCAGCUCUUCAUGGGGAACCUCAGACAAAAAUGUGUCCUCAACCCUUUUCUGUCACCCAACAACUAUACAUCCGAGGGAGCCUUCAACUUCAGUUUCUAUGAAGACAACAGCACUGACAUUGAUUUCUACAAUCACAUUAACAACCCAGAAAAUUAUUACUACCUGCCUGGUCAGAUUGAUGCUUUGCUGUGUGGAAACAGCUCUGAUGCAGGGACCUGUCCAGAUGGCUACAUGUGUCUGAAGGCGGGGAGAAACCCAAACUACGGCUACACCAGCUAUGACAGCUUCAGUUGGGCGUUUCUGGCCCUGUUCAGACUCAUGACCCAGGACUUCUGGGAGAACCUGUUCCACCUGACACUGCGAGCCGCAGGGAAAACCUACAUGAUCUUCUUCGUGGUCAUCAUCUUCCUUGGUUCCUUCUACCUCAUUAAUCUCAUCCUCGCGGUGGUCGCCAUGGCGUACGAUGAGCAGAACCAGGCUAACAUAGCUGAGGCCAAACAAAAAGAAGAGGAAUACGCCCAGAUCCUGGAGGCGCUGAAGAAGAGAGAAGAGGAGCAAGCAGCCAUCAGGGCGGCGCUCUUGGAGAAACAAGACCCUACAUCACAGAACCAGGAACAUACUACAAUGGAUGACUAUGAGGAUGACCAGAGGCCGUGUCCUCCAUGCUGGUACGUGUUUGCUGACAUCUUCCUGAAGUGGAACUGCUGUGGCUGUUGGAGAUGGCUGAAAAAAAUUCUCUACACCAUUGUCAUGGAUCCGUUUGUGGACCUCGCCAUCACCAUCUGCAUCGUCCUUAACACCGUCUUCAUGGCCAUGGAGCAUUAUCCGAUGACUGAGGAGUUUGAGGAGAUUCUCAGCAUCGGAAAUCUGGUCUUUACGGGGAUCUUUACGGCUGAGAUGAUUCUCAAACUUCUGGCGAUGGAUCCGUAUUAUUACUUCCAGGUGGGCUGGAACAUCUUUGACAGCAUCAUCGUCACCAUGAGUCUGGUCGAGCUGGGACUGGCUAACGUUCAGGGUCUGUCUGUGCUGCGGUCCUUCAGAUUGAUGAGAGUCUUCAAGCUGGCCAAAUCGUGGCCGACUCUGAACAUGUUGAUAAAGAUCAUCGGGAACUCUGUGGGAGCACUGGGGAACCUGACGCUGGUUCUCGCCAUCAUCGUCUUCAUCUUCGCUGUCGUUGGGAUGCAGCUUUUUGGAAAGAGCUACAAAGACUGCGUCUGUCGCAUCGCAGCAGACUGCGAGCUUCCUCGCUGGCACAUGAACGACUUCUUUCACGCCUUCCUCAUCAUCUUCAGGGUUCUGUGUGGCGAGUGGAUCGAGACAAUGUGGGACUGUAUGGAGGUGGCAGGGGAGACUAUGUGUCUGAUUGUCUUCAUGAUGGUUCUGGUGAUUGGAAACCUGGUGGUCCUGAAUCUGUUCCUGGCCUUGUUGCUGAGCUCGUUCAGUGGAGGCAGUCUUUCAGCUACAGAGGAGGAAGGAGAAAACAAUCUCCAGAUUGCAAUAAACCGGAUCAGCAGGGCCGUAGCCUGGACCAAGGCCUGGUUCCUGAAACAUAUCUGGUCUCUGGUGAGAAAGACGACAAACGUGAACUCAGAUCCGACAGCUGCAAGCUGUGUCGAAAGCGACAAAUCCAAGGAGGUUUUGGCUCUGACGAUCAUGAGUUCAGAACAGCUGAUGGCACAAGUCCCAGACCCCAACCUGAGCAGCUACUACCAUAACAUCACGUCCCUGAAGGUCCCCAUGGCUGAGGCCGAGUCUGACUUUGAGAUGCCUUAUAAUGAUGAUGAUGAUGAUGAUGAGGAGGAGGAGGAGGAGGAGGAUGAGGAGGAGGAUAAUAUAGAAGAAAAGCUCCUACAAGGCGAUGAGGCUUCGCUCUGCAGCACCGUGCAGAGACCUCCUGAAGUCCCAAUAAAAGAAGAGGAAGAGGACAUUCCUGAAGACUGUUGCACAGACAAGUGUUACAGUCGCUGUCCGUGGCUGGACAUAGACACGUCCCAGAGCAAAGGAAAAAUCUGGUUUAAUAUAAGGAAAACGUGUUACACCAUCGUAGAGCACAAUUACUUUGAAACGUUCAUCAUCUUCAUGAUCCUGCUGAGCAGCGGAGCUCUGGCCUUUGAGGACAUCUACCUUGAGCAGCGGCGGGUGAUCAAGAUAAUUCUGGAAUAUGCAGAUCAGGUUUUCACGUACGUGUUUGUGAUCGAGAUGGUUCUCAAGUGGGUGGCCUAUGGAUUCAAGACCUACUUCACUAAUGCCUGGUGCUGGUUGGACUUCCUCAUCGUAGAUGUGUCCCUGGUGUCACUGACAGCAAACAUUCUGGGAUACUCUGAGCUGGGAGCCAUCAAGUCUCUGAGGACUCUGAGGGCACUAAGGCCUCUCAGGGCCUUGUCUCGCUUUGAGGGCAUGAGGGUGGUGGUCAAUGCGCUGGUGGGCGCCAUCCCCUCCAUCUUCAACGUGCUGCUGGUCUGUUUGAUCUUCUGGCUCAUCUUCAGCAUCAUGGGCGUGAACCUGUUUGCCGGGAAGUUUUAUUACUGUUUCAACGUAACGUCAGGAGAAGUAUUCCUCCCCGACGAAGUCGACAAUAAGACCCAGUGCCUCGCUCUGAUCGAGCAAAACUUCACCGAUGUGCGCUGGAAGAACAUCAAGAUCAACUUCGACAACGUAGGGAUGGGCUACCUGUCUCUGCUGCAAGUGGCCACGUUUAAAGGCUGGAUGGACAUCAUGUAUUCAGCGGUGGACUCUAGACAGGUGGAGUCCCAGCCAGUGUACGAGGACAACCUGUACAUGUACCUGUACUUUGUCUGCUUCAUCAUCUUUGGCUCCUUCUUUACCCUCAACCUCUUCAUUGGGGUCAUCAUCGACAAUUUCAACCAGCAGAAAGCAAAGCUCGGAGGAACAGAUCUCUUCAUGACAGAAGAACAGAAAAAAUACUACAAUGCCAUGAAGAAACUGGGCUCCAAGAAGCCACAGAAGCCAAUUCCUCGACCCACAAACAAGUUUCAGGGUCUGGUCUUUGACCUUGUGACCAAGCAGUUUUUCGACAUCCUCAUCAUGGUGUUGAUCUGCCUCAACAUGGUGACGAUGAUGGUGGAGACAGACGAGCAGAGUCCCGAGAAGGAAGAAAUCCUGUACUGGGUCAACCUCGUCUUCAUCAUCAUCUUCAGCGGAGAGUGCUCCCUCAAGAUGAUCGCCCUGCGGAAGCACUACUUUAACGUGGGCUGGAACAUAUUUGAUUUUGUGGUGGUGAUACUGUCUGUUGUAGGCCUCCUUCUUGCUGACAUCAUUGAGAAGUACUUUGUUUCUCCGACCCUCUUCCGUGUGAUCCGAUUGGCUCGCAUUGGCCGGAUCCUGCGUCUCAUUCGUGGAGCCAAGGGAAUCCGAACGCUGUUGUUCGCCUUGAUGAUGUCCCUCCCUGCCCUCUUCAACAUCGGCCUCCUCCUCUUCCUCAUCAUGUUCAUCUUCUCCAUCUUCGGGAUGUCUAAUUUCGCCUACGUGAAGAAAGAGGCCAUGAUCGAUGACAUCUUUAACUUCGAGAGCUUUGGGAACAGCAUGAUCUGUCUGUUCAUGAUCACCACAUCGGCCGGAUGGGACGGCUUGCUCAACCCCAUCAUGAACACGCCUCCGGACUGCGAUCCGGACUUCGAGAACCCCGGCUCACACGUCAGGGGAAACUGCGGCAGCCCGGCGGUCGGCAUCGUCUUCUUCACCUCCUACAUCAUCAUGUCCUUCCUGGUGGUGGUCAACAUGUACAUCGCCAUCAUCCUGGAGAACUUCAACGUCGCCACCGAGGAGAGCGCCGACCCGCUGUCCGAGGACGACUUCGAUAUGUUCUACGAGACCUGGGAGAAGUUCGACCCUCGAGCCUCGCAGUUCAUACACUACAGCGAGCUGUCAGACCUCUGUGAUGCUCUGCAGGAUCCUAUGAAGAUUCCCAAACCCAACACCCUCAAACUGAUACAAAUGGACCUGCCUCUGGUUCCAGGAGACAAGAUCCACUGCAUGGACAUCCUGCUGGCUCUCACAGCAGAGGUUUUAGGUGAAUCUGAGGCUAUGGAUGCUCUGAAGGCCACCAUAGAGGAGAAGUUCAUGGCCAACAACCCGUCAAAGAUGUUGUACGAGCCAAUCAGUAACACCUUGCGGAGGAAACAUGAAGAGCUGGCGGCCGCGGUGAUCCAGAGAGCCUACAGGAGACACCUCCUGCGGCGAGUGCUCCGACUGGCGUCCCGCAAGUACAGAGAGCUGAGGGAGGGACGGCGAGACGAUCCGUCUCCCCCAGAGACAGAAGGAUUUCUCUGUGAACGAAUCGACCAGCUGUACGGACACAGAGAGGCGAGUCCAGCUGCUUCGGGUGAGGACCGGAGCGUCCAGGUGGAGCCAGAGAGGGACAUUCUCCUCCACUCCGCUCCGCCGCACGGCGUCUGGAACUUUCUGCAGGACGACAGCCAGACAGAGUCGACGACGCAGUCUGUGAAAAAGGCAGCAGACUGACUCCUCUGUCAGCUUCAGCUUCCCUGAAGACGGAGGUUUCACCACAGAGACGCGUGCAGACCCUGUCCCAAACCCCUUCAUCUUUUCUUCCCCCAGAUGAUGUCUCUCUCUGUCCGCAGAAACUUUGUCCAGACCCACAGAGAAGAUGACUGGGUUCUUAUAUAAAAUAUGUUCCCCAACAGCCUUUCACUUCACUGCUCACUGUUUCAAGUCUUUACUGGUUUUUCUCUCCUGAUUGGUGGAUGUUGAUGAAGGAACCAAUGGGUGCCGAGACGGAGGUAGGAAACCAGCCAAUCAGAGACGGUUUGGACUGGGCGAGGGAAAAACAAACGGCUGCGUACUGUCGAGCGGCCGAGCGGAGCCGAUGGGAACGUCGGACGGUUGGAGCUUCCUCUCCUGGUCAAGCAGCCAAUCAGAUCCAUCGGAGGGAGCGCCGAACGCCCACCUGAGGCUGCGCUCACGCAGAAUCAAAACGUCUUAAAUCAACGUCGGCCUAUCUGUCUGGAGAGCGAAGGGGUUCAGGCUGUGCGUUAACCAGCAGAUGUCUUUAGUCAGUUCAGGAUUUUAUUUCUGCACGUUGAUUUUUGUCGACUAUUUGUGAUGUCAUGACAGCUCCUACCUGGUUUAAGGUGGCGCCUGCUUCCACCAGCGGACGCCCUGCCCUGCAUGUUAGAGCAUAAUCCUCCCGUUCCGGGGAUCGUCAUCGGGCUCACUGCUAACAGAGUCCCUCUUUCCACAGCUGAUAACAUGUGUGAUGGCAUCACUGGUGUAAAAGUGAGUCAUUUUUAGCUAAAUGAAACAAAUGUUAAAGAAUAAUAAUCACAACUUUUACUUCAGUAUUUUCUUUCUUUCUUUCUUUCUUUCUUUCUUUGUAUUUUUAAGAAGUAUUUAUCAGUGAUGAUCCUCAGGGAUCGGUAUUAUUCAGAUGAAACAUCAGUCCUUUUCUUUUCAGCAGGAAAUCAUCACAUGUGUUGUUGUUUUUCUUGAUGAAAUAAUGUUUUUAAAUGUACCUUUUUGGGUUAAUGGAUUAAUUGGUAUAUUCCAAGUAUUUUACCUGCAUUAACAUCUAUACGAUUAAAGCUUCAGAUUUUACCAAG